AUGACAAAACACGAGGCCCAUGACCAUUUUCAUUCAGCUCCCGCCGAAAGUGUAAUGUCUGAGCCAGUUGAAAAGCUCGACGAGCAAGAGUCCGCUGAAAAUGGCUUAGUUCAGCACGAUAUACCUCCCGAAGUCCCUGUCCCCAUACCCACGCACGCAGACGUUACUUCCGAACAUGAAGCUGAAUCUCCCAAAGGCGCUGAAAAACAUAAUUCAGCAGCCGGUGUCAAUCCCAAGGCAGUGACGCCAGUGAAAUCAGGCGUCGGCAAAAGCAAUGGUUCAACUGCUGUGAAGAAAGCGAGUAUCAACAUUCCCAACUCUGCUACUGGUGCUGGUGCUGCGAAAGUUCCGGCCAAAGCAUCAUUGCCUUCAUCCACAAGGCCUGCGGCUACCAGCACUGUGAAGAAAUCUACUAGUGCCUCCGCGGCCAGCAACGCAACUGCUAAACCAACAAUACGAGCCUCUCUUGCACCCUCCUCCAAACCACCAGUUGUCCGGUCGGCAUUAUCUUCCUCUGUAAACACGAAACCUCCAAUUGCUUCCGCAACCUCAGCUCCGCGUGCUUCAGUCGCAUCACCAACGAACGGUGAUGCAAAAAUUGGUGCCGCCGCCCGGCCGCGGGCGUCUGUGUCUGACGUUGCUGCAAAACGUUCUUCCGUCACCUCUCGUCAGACACCCACAUCGAGGACCGCUUCGUCGUCUCCAUCUAUUUCAUCCAUUCGGGAAGUACGAGGUGAAGAUGGUAAGGUAAUUGAAGACUUACAGAACAAGCUCAAAGAAAGUGGUGAAGCUCUCAAAGCUAAAGCCGACAGCAUUUCCGACCUUGAAGGCCAAAUAGGCCAUCUCGGAGCUUCUUUGGAAGCUGCAAAGGCUGAGGCUGAGGCCAAGGAUGUCAUUCUGUCAGAGUUGGAAGGUUCGAAGACAGCUUUAGAGGCACAGUUGAAGGAAGCCCGAGAGACCUUGUCGAAAUUGCAAAAUGAGCAGGAAGAGGCCGUUUCCAAACUUGCUGCCGUUCAGGAAGAGCUUGUUCAAACUCUGCAAGAGCAAAUUCAAACCCAGGGUAAUGACUUGGCUCUGCUCAAAGUGAAUGUUAGCCAAUCAGCUGAAGAUUCCCAAGCCGCUUCGUUGGAGCAUGAGGCUUUACUCAAAGCUCAGGCGGAUUUUUCAGCAAUACAGGAGGAGACUGCUGCGCUAAAGGUCGCUCAUAACACCGCAUUGGAAGAAGUCCUGGCCAAGAGUCAUGCUGUGGAGGAGGGGUUGAAGGAGAAGACCAUCAGCUUCGAAGCACUUGUAGCACAGAUCGCUGAAAUGAAGGCAGAGAAGGAGGAGAAUGCAAACAAAGUUUCGGAACUCGAAAUCGAAAUAUUGGAAUUGAAGGAAAGCCAAGAGACUGCUGAGGAUGAGCGUUCGACGUUCGCACUCAAAAUCCAGGCACUGGAGGAGGAGUUGGCGAAAGCCCACGCUGCUGCUCAGGGAAUCGAAGACGAUUAUAAAGCUAAAGAGGCAGAGUCCAGUGCACGAGCCGAACAGAUCAGUGCAUCUCACGAGAACGCUGUACAAGCUGCUACUCAAGCACAGGCUGAGCUCGUCACACAGCUAGAAACGCUGAAAGCUGCUCUUAACGAAGCAAAAGCGGACAAUGAACAUGCACGGGCUGAAGCAUCCGCUUCAACGGACGCUCAUUCCGCUGCUUUACAGGAAGCUGAACAAAACUACCUCAAUAAACAAAGUGAAAUGUCGGCCGAGAUCCAACGAAUUACUGCGGAACUCGAAGGCCAAGAAGCGAAGUACAACGCCAAAGUCGAUGACGUCAAGGCUGAACACGAUAAAUUGCUUCAAGAGGCUUUCGAACGAGCGAAGUCAGAGGCAAGUGAGAUCCACAAACAGGAUCUCGCUGAGGUUCGCGGAGGGUUUGACCAAACAGCUGCUCAAUUACAGGCCAACCACGAUUCGACUGUAGAAAGCCUACGCGCCGAGCAUGCUGAAAUUCUGGAAACGCAAUCCAAGAGUUUCGAAAAACAGAUUAGCAAAUUGUCUCUGGAAUUGAAAGCGACACAGGAUGAUUUGGCCAAAUCGAAGGCCGCGCUCGAAGCCUCGAAAACGGAAAUCGAGAAUCUGACCAAUCAGCGAGAUGCAGCUCGGGCUGCUGGGGAAGCUUCGCCAGACCCGUCCUCGGAACUCAGUGCCGAAGUCACUCGCUUGGCCCAGGAACUCUCAAAUUCGAAAGACGAUCUUUCCGCUGUUACUGAUCAGCUUAAUCUCACCAAAGAGUCUAUCGUUGCAAUGACCGCUAAUCAUGCUGCAGAACUGGAAGAGGCGGCCAAGGCACGUGCUGAAGAGACCACGAAACUUCGCUCUGCCCACGAUGCCGAGAUUUCCUUGAUUGUAACCCAGAAGUCAGAGUUGUCGAUGCAGAUAUCUGAUUUGCAGGGCGAACUAGCCACCGUGAAAGCAACACUCGAAGCUGAGCCGGCAGCCCCGAAGGGCAAUGGCUCCGUACCGCAGUCGCCAGGUGUUUCCAGAGAAGAAUUACAGCGGAUGCAUGAGGCCCAUAACCUCAAAAUGAAUGAUCUAAUUGCUCAUCAUGAGAAGGAAAUGAAGGUGAUAAAAGAGGAGCGAGAUAACUCUCUUCAAAGCGCUCGUGAGGCCGACGAGAGAUGUUCAGCGAAAGCUAUGGAGCUUCACCUUCUUGAGUCAGAAUCUGAGGAAAAUGGAGAUGAGAUCACUCGCCUCAAGGAAUACAUCGAUCAACUCAAUGAAGAGAUGAAGAAACUCAAAGAUGGUCAGGCCAUUCCGACUUGA